AUGCCCAGUUUCAGCCCAAUGGCCCUGUCUCCUGUCGAUGCUGAAGGCGGCCAUUAUGGAGAAGACAAUGCAACUUGGUUCCCCAACAAUGGGAGUUAUGAUUAUCCAGAAAGUAUUUCAUAUCUUGACAUAGAAGGAAAGGUUUUGUCUAUACUCACAAUUUUAAUUUGCAUUUUGGGGCUUUUAGGGAAUGGGACUGUCGUCUGGCUGCUUAGCUUCUGCAUUAAGAGGAACCAUUUCACCAUUUACAUCCUGAACCUCUCUGUUGCUGACUUGGGUGUAGUCACAGCUAACUUGUUUAUAGAAAUCAUUUGGUUUGCAACAGGAAUAUAUGAUGGACCUGUGUAUCUUUUUCUUGAAAAUGUAUUUCAAGUAAUGUACAGUGCUAGUCAAUAUCUACUGACAGCCAUCAGCAUUGACAGGUGCGUGUCAGUCCUCUUCCCAAUUUGGCAUCGAUGCCACCGGCCAGCAAAUUUGUCCACCACUUUGUGUUCUGUAAUAUGGGUACUUUCAAGCCUUCUUGGUGGAAUUAACUUCACCCUCUACCUGACUGAAAAGGUGAACAAUUAUACCAUGAGACAUUACCAUUAUGUUGUGAACGGCAUCCUUUGCCUCCUGCUCAUGACUAUCUCAACUCUAAUUCUGUGCUUCAAGUACAUAACAGUCUCCUUCAAAUCACAACAGCGAAGGCAGGGGAAAGCUCUAAUAGCCAUCUUGCUUGCUCUUCUUUGCUUCAUCAUUUUUUCAUUUCCACUGAAUGCCCAUUACAUAAGCCUUUAUGUUUCUGGUUCAGCCUCUACCUUUUCUUCAAAUUAUGUCUACUUAUUUUCCUGCCUGAACAGCAGUGUUAACCCUUUGAUCUAUUUCCUGCUUGGGAGACAGAAGAGAGGCAGACCCAGGAAGAGUAUGAAAGCUAUCCUACAGAAUGUUUUCAAGGAGGAGGAAAGCUCAACAGGGGAAGCGGAGACCUCUGUUGAAACGAGGUGCUGA